AUGGACGCAGGUGAGCUGGCCGCCUUCCAGCCGGCGCCGCGGGCCUUCAGCCUGUGGGACUACGGCGUCUUCGGCCUGAUGCUGCUGGUCUCCACGGGCAUCGGGCUCUUCUACGGGCUGUCGAGGGGCGGCCACAAGAGCCCCGAGGACUUCUUCACGGGCAGCCGGGCCAUGUCGGCGCUGCCGGUGGGCCUGUCGCUCUCGGCCAGCUUCAUGUCGGCCAUCCAGGUGCUGGGCGUCCCGGCCGAGGCCUACCGCUACGGCGUGAAGUUCCUGUGGAUGUGCCUGGGCCAGCUGCUCAACUCGCUCCUCACCGCCGGCCUCUUCCUGCCCGUCUUCUACCGCCUGGGGCUCACCAGCACCUACGAGUACCUGGAGCUGCGGUUCUCCAAGAAGGUCCGGCUGUGUGGCACCGUCCAGUACAUCGUUGCCACGGUGCUGUACACGGGGAUCGUCAUCUACGCCCCGGCCUUGAUCCUCAACCAAGUGACGGGCCUGGAUAUUUGGGCCUCGCUUCUCUCCACGGGCACCAUUUGCACCUUUUACACCACCAUCGGGGGCAUGAAAGCGGUCAUCUGGACGGACGUCUUCCAGGUCUUCGUCAUGCUGUCCGGCUUUGUGGCCAUCCUGAUCCAGGGGACGCUGCUGGUGGGGGGGCCAGGCCAGGUCCUCUCCAUCGCCUACAACCACUCCAGGAUCAAUUUCGGAGACUUCAACCCGGACCCCCGCAGCCGCUACACGUUCUGGACCUUCCUCUUCGGAGGGACGCUGGUCUGGCUCUCCAUGUACGGGGUCAACCAGGCCCAGGUCCAGCGCUACGUGGCCUGCAAGACGGAGAAGGAGGCCAAGCGGGCCCUCCUGGUCAACCAAGUGGGUCUCUUCGUCAUUGUCUCCUGCGCAGUGGGUUGUGGCAUUGUGAUGUUUGCGCUCUACAAGGACUGUGACCCACUCUUGGCCGGAUACAUCUCGGCGCCUGACCAGUACAUGCCCUACCUGGUCCUGGACAUCUUCGAGGGCUGCCCAGGGGUGCCCGGCCUCUUCCUGGCCUGCGCUUACAGUGGCACUUUGAGCACGGCCUCCACCAGCAUCAACGCCAUGGCGGCCGUCACCGUGGAGGACCUGAUCAAGCCCCACAUGCCCACCCUGUCGCCACGGAGACUCGCCCUGGUCUCCAAGGGGCUCUCCUUAGUUUACGGCACGGCCUGCCUUACCGUGGCGGCUCUUUCGUCCUUGCUUGGAGGCGGUGUGCUGCAGGGCUCCUUCACCGUCAUGGGGGUCAUCAGUGGGCCCCUCCUGGGCGCCUUCAUCCUGGGCAUGUUCUUCCCCACCUGCAACACCUUGGGCGUCUUCUCCGGCCUCGGCCUGGGCUUCCUCCUCUCCUUCUGGGUGGCUGUGGGGGGCACCCUCUACCCUCCCAGCGCCAGCACCAUGGGGGUCCUCCCCUCCUACGCAGGCCUCUGCCCCCUCCUCAACAUCUCCCGGGGGGCCAACAGCAGCUCCCUGCUCUAUGGGCCGCUGCCCCAGCCGGCCCUCUUGGAGCAGCGGCCAGAGAGGCUGGCCGUUGCAGACGACUUCUAUGCCAUCUCCUACCUCUACUACGGCGCCCUGGGGACCCUCAGCACGGUGGCCGUCGGCCUCUUGGCCAGCUGCCUGAAAGGCUCUGCUGGCGAGGACAGCAAGCGGCCAGCGGUGCUGUGGUGGGAUGUCAUGAAGAGGCCACUGGAGACGACCCCCGAGGAUGCGGCUGGAGACCCUCAGAAGAAGGAGGCGCUGGACUCGGCCUCCCUGGCUCUUGGCUUCGAGGGGGAGGAGAAGAUCCUGCUGGCCAAGGGGGAGGGGACCCUGGUCACAGGCUCUGCGGAGUCCAUCUGUGCCUGCCACGCUCUCGACCACGGCUGCUUCCACCUCCUUCGAGAGACCUGCGUUUAGGGCCGGAGGGCGACGGGAGAGCAGGACACCCGACGGGCUCAAGACGGUUCUCCAGGGGAUGAACGCAAAAAAAACCCCUCCCCAAGCGGACCGACACGUUCCUCACCCGGGGGCUGUUUCUCCCCCGAAUCUGCCUUACACCAGCAGCUCCUGAGGGCCCCGUUUCCAAGCAGACACGGGUGUG